AUGGCUGAAAACGGCGAUAUCAACGCUGUCCUCAGCAAUUCGCUGUCGCCUGACGCGACGGCGCGAAAUGCUGCCGAGCAACAGCUCAGCCAGGCGGCUGAGAACAACUUCCCCCUCUAUCUGGCCACCCUGGCCCAGGCGUUAGCGACCGAAACCAGCGAGGCUAAGAUCCGAGUUGCGGCAGGUCUAGCCCUCAAGAACGCCUUCUCGGCUCGCGAAUUCGCGCGACAGCAAGAACUGCAGCAAAAAUGGCUGCAACAUACAGACCAGGAGACCAAGACUCGCGUCAAGACGGUGGCUCUGCAGACGCUGGCCUCGGACAACUCACAAGCUGGACAGGCUUCGGCCCAGGUCAUCGCCGCCAUUGCCGGCAUCGAACUCCCGCGCAACCAAUGGCCCGACCUCAUGGGUACGUUGGUUGCGAACGUUAGCAGCGGCGCACCCCAUCAGAAGCAGGCCUCGUUGACCUGCAUCGGUUACAUCUGCGAGAGUCAAGAGCCCGAUCUGCGCACUGCCCUCAUCAGCCACUCCAACGCCAUCCUUACGGCCGUCGUGCAGGGCGCGCGCAAGGAGGAGGAGAACCUCGAAGUCCGCCUGUCGGCUAUCUCCGCCCUCGGUGACUCCCUCGAGUUCGUCGGCAACAAUUUCAAGCAUGAAGGCGAGCGAAACUACAUUAUGCAGGUGGUCUGCGAGGCCACACAAGCCGACGACACGCGCAUCCAACAAGGCGCUUUCGGCUGCCUCAACCGCAUCAUGGGUCUUUACUACGAAAACAUGCGCUUCUACAUGGAGAAGGCCCUGUUUGGUCUGACGAUUCUAGGCAUGAAGAACGAGGACGAGGAUGUGGCCAAGCUGGCGGUGGAAUUCUGGAGCACCGUGUGCGAGGAGGAGGUCAACAUCGAGGAGGAUAACGCUCAGGUGGAGAGCUCCGACCAGAUGCGUCCGUUCUACAACUUCGCACGUGUCGCGACCAAUGAGGUGGUGCCCACACUGCUUACGCUCCUGACAAAGCAAGACGAGGAUGCUACAGAUGACGAGUACAACUUGUCUCGAGCCGCCUACCAGUCUCUUCAGCUUUACUCCCAGGCCGUCGGCGCCAACAUCAUCCCGCCCGUCAUCCAGUUCGUAGAGUCGCAUCUUCGCUCCGAUGACUGGCACUUCCGCGAGGCUGCCGUCGCUGCCUUUGGCGCCAUCAUGGAGGGACCCGAAGAGAAGGUGCUGGAGCCCAUCGUCAAGCAGGCGCUGCCCAUUCUCAUCACCAUGAUGGAAGACAGCUCUACUUACGUCAAGGACUCCACGGCGUACGCCCUUGGCCGCAUCACUGAGGCUUGUUCGGAAUCCAUCGACCCCGAAACCCAUCUGGACCCCUUGAUCCGGUCGCUCUUUGCCGGUAUCCACGACAUCAAGAUGGCAAGCUCAUGCUGCUGGGCCUUGAUGAAUCUUACGGAGCGUUUCUCUGGAGAUUUCGACGCAAACUCCAACCCCCUUACGCCUCACUUCAAUCAAAGCGUCACGAAUCUACUGGCCGUCACGGGCGCCAACGCCGAAACCUCGGUGCGCACCACUGCUUACGAGGUCCUCAGUGCUUUCGUGCAGCAUGCGGCCACCGAGAGUUUCCAGGCCGUCGCCGCGCUGUCAGAUGUCAUAAUCAAGCGAUUGGAGGAGACGAUUCCUAUGCAAAGCCAGGUCGUCAGCAUAGAAGACAAGAUUGCCUUGGAGGAGAUGCAAACCAGCCUCAACACCGUGCUGCAGUCCAUCAUUCAGAGAUUGGAGAAGGAGAUUGCGCCUCAGGGUGAUCGUAUCAUGCAAGUCUCGCUUCAGAUCUUGAGCACCGUGAACGGUAAGUCGAUCGUUCCGGAAGCCAUUUUCGCCACCAUCAGUGGUUUGGCGAACGCCAUGGAGGAGGAUUUCGCCAAAUAUAUGGAUGCGUUCACUCCAUUCCUAUACAAUGCUCUUGGCAACCAAGAGGAGCCCAGUCUCUGCUCUAUGGCUAUUGGCCUUGUCAGCGACAUUACCCGAUCCAUGGGCGAGCGCAGCCAGCCGUACUGCGACAACUUCAUGAACUACUUGCUGAACAACUUGAGGCUGACUGACUCGCAGAGCACGGCCCUGUCGAACCAAUUCAAGCCUGCCAUUCUUCAAUGCUUUGGUGAUAUUGCCAACGCCAUUGGCGGCCACUUCGAGACAUAUCUAUCGGUAGUCGCACAGGUCCUGCAACAGGCCUCGACUGUCACCGCUAGUCCCGAGGGCAGCUACGAGAUGUAUGAUUACGUCAUUUCGCUGAGAGAAGGCAUCAUGGACGCUUGGGGCGGCAUUAUUGGUGCUAUGAAGAUCAGCAGUAAGACCCAAGUUCUUCAGCCUUACGUCCAAUCCAUCUUCCAGCUAUUGAACAUCAUCUCCCAAGACAUGAACCGUAGUGAGGCUUUGAUGCGAUCCUCUAUGGGUGUUAUUGGUGAUCUAGCUGACGCCUACCCGAACGGCGAGCUCGUCGAUGCCCUCCGUCAAGAUUGGCUGACGGCCAUGAUCAAGGAGACGAAGAGCAACCGAGAGUUCCAGUCACGCACCAUCGAUACCGCUCGAUGGGCCCGAGAGCAGGUCAAGCAGCAGCUCGGAGGCCAGCAGUCGACAAUGCAGACUUGA